UGUUAGUGUGAUGAUCCCAUCCCAGUGGAUAUUAUAGCUGGCUGCAUGCUAGUGGUGAUGGCUACUGGAUCUGGGGGAGAUGAUCUGUACAGUGUGUUGGAGGUAGCUGCUGAUGCAAGUGUCUCUGAUGUCAGGAGGAGCUAUCAGAGACUAGUGAAGGAGUGUCACCCUGACAAGCUGUCUGCUCACCUGACUGACGAGGAGAGAGACACAGCUAUGGACAAGUUCCAUACGCUCAGCAAGGCAUACCAGGUCCUUAGUGACCAGGAGAGCAAGGCGCUCUACGAUGCUAACAGUCAAUCCGCACAGAUCACUCAAAAAUGGCCGCUAUCUGAUACUGUGGACCUGGACACAAUGACCUUUGACCCUGCCUCGAAGGUGUACUCCCUAUCGUGCCGGUGUGGUGGAUGUUACCUAAUCAGUGAGAGUGAUAUGGAGGAUGGUGUGGAGGUGUCCUGCUGUACCAGCUGCACCCUGUGUGUGAGGGUCCUCUACCAGCUGGCCAGAGAUGAGAGAUAAGAUUGUGGGAGCUGGAGUGUGUAUGGAGUCAUGGUUCAAAGUGUCCAAGGAGACAAACUCUGAUUGAAGUACAUUGUGCUGCCACAGUUCCAGUGGACUUGAAUCUGAUAUCUAUGUGUGUGUAUGUAUGUUCUCAAGAGUUCAUUAGAUGUUCUGUACGUGUUUUUAUUCCCUUGUGGAUAAGAUUUUUGUGCAGAUAUUCA